AUGGCGUAUGAUGACGUGUUCGAAUUGAUAGGAUCCUUUGGAGUUUACCAGAAGAGAUUGUAUGUGUUACAGACACUACCUGUUAUCUUCACCGCAAUACAAACCUGUCUGUCCGUCUUCAUUCUGUUUGUGCCGGACCACAGAUGCUCCAUUCCUCAUGUUCAUAACGACACGUACGUAAUUCGGAGUCCCCACCACGAGCGGCUUGUCAAUCAAACAAUACCACUAGACCUUCAAAUACACUCCAGCAUUAGCGAGGGCAUACGUUAUUCCAAGUGUGAAGUCUUCAAAAGACGUUUAAAUGCUACCCAGAGGACUGAAAUACAAGCAGUCCAUAAUUCAUCCUUAUAUUCACACGAAUGUAGGCGAUGGGUGUUUGACAAACGGGAAUUUGACAGCACGUUUGUCACAGAGGAUAAUCUGGUGUGUAGAAAGAAACUACAUCGAACGCACGCUACAAUGACGUUCAUGGCAGGCUUUACUGCUGGGUCGUUUGGAAUAGGAGUUCUCUCAGACGGGUUCGGAAGGAAGCUUGCUCUCAUGUUUAGUAUUCUCCUCCAUGUUGGUUCAAACAUCCCUCUGUCCUUCAUCACCGACUUCUGGGUCUUCUCAACGCUUCGGUUCUUCUCGGGUGUUUCCGUCGGUGGUCUUAUAAGUACGACAUACGUAAUGAACUUGGAGUUAGUUGGGCCCAGAAUGAGGAUGUGGGCGGGAAUGUUUUUCCAGUUAUUCUGGGGAUUGGGAGUUCUGCUUCUGGCGGCGAUAGCGUUCCUCAUCAGGGACUGGCGUUACCUAAAUCUCGCUACAUCACUGCCAACCAUACUGUUUCUGUCAUAUUAUUGGUUAGUCCCGGAGUCUACUCGCUGGCUGAUAGUCCGAGGGAGACACAAAGAGGCAGAAAAAAUCUUCCAGCAUGCUGCUAAGGUUAACAAACGAAAAUGCCCGGAUCGAAUUUUUAAAGGAAAUGAAAACGAGACCACCAAUAGACGGCGCGUCUCCCUUGGGAAACUCUGUUCAGCUCGACUACUUGUUGUUAGAUUUCUUGUUAUAUGUUUGAAUUGGUUGGUGGUCUCCAUGGAGUUCAGUGGAUUGUCUUUGAACGUCAGCAAUCUUGGGGGCGAUGUCUAUCUGAACUUUUUCAUGACGAGUGUGGCGGAGAUUUUGGGCUUCUUGUUGUGUAUACCCCUCCUCAAUCGUGUAGGGAGGAAGCCCGUCUACGUCUUAUCCCUUCUCUCCGGUGGAUUCGCUCUCGUGCUCACUAUAUUUCCGAUACUGUACGGAGAAAGGGAUCAACAGUGGGUGACAGUGGGGCUCUCCCUCAUCGGUAAAGUUGGAUCCUCCGCAGCCUUUGCCACCGUCUUUCUGUACUCCGCGGAAUUUUUCCCCACAGUCAUCAGAAACUCUGCCAUUGGAGUGACCAACUUCUGCGCGCGAUUUGGCGGGAUGUUGGCCCCAUAUGUUGUAGAUCUAGGUCAAAUAAUGGAAGGAAAUGUUGCACGAGUGCUUCCCAUGACUGUUUUUGGAGUCUCAGCAGUUAUCGUUGGUCUAAUGUCAAUUAUUCUACCAGAAACGUUGAACCGGAAGUUACCGGAAACUAUCGAAGACACCAUCGCUUUUGAUCGAUCAAAUAAAAUUGUCUACAGUGUUGAGUUAGAUACGGUCACCAGCCAGCCUUUAAACGAACCAGUCAGAGCCGACGAUUUACAAACAUGA